AUGUGCCCAGGUCGUGUGAUAUGCAAGCUGCUCUGCUCUGGUGAGAAGGAGGUCGAUCUGGCUGUGCAGAGUGCAAAGGCUGCCUUUAAAAUAUGGAGUCAGAUGUCUGGCAUGGAGCGAAGCAGGGUGCUGCUGGAGGCUGCCAGAAUUAUUCGGGAGCAGAGAGAACAAAUUGCCACCUUGGAAACCAUCAACAAUGGGAAAUCCAUCUUUGAAGCCAGAGUGGACAUCGACAUAUCCUGGCAGUGCCUGGAGUAUUACGCAGGACUGGCAGGAUCUCUAGCUGGGGAACACAUCCAACUUCCUGGGGGAUCCUUUGGGUACACUCGGAGAGAGCCCCUCGGAGUGUGUGUUGGGAUUGGAGCCUGGAAUUACCCUUUCCAGAUUGCCUGCUGGAAGUCUGCCCCGGCCUUGGCUUGCGGCAAUGCGAUGGUCUUCAAGCCUUCUCCCUUCACCCCUGUUUCGGUGGUGAAGUUGGCAGAGAUCUUCACAGAGGCCGGUGUGCCCAAGGGGCUCUUCAACGUGGUGCAGGGUGGAGCCGCCACAGGCCAGUUCCUCUGUCAUCACCCAGACGUGGCCAAAAUCUCUUUCACUGGCAGUGUGCCAACUGGCAUCAAGAUCAUGGAGAUGGCGGCUAAAGGGAUCAAACCGGUCACCCUGGAGCUGGGGGGCAAAUCCCCCCUUAUUAUCUUUUCGGACUGUACCCUGGAGAAUGCCGUGAAUGGAGCCCUUAUGGCCAACUUCCUUACACAAGGCGAGGUGUGCUGCAACGGUACACGGGUCUUUGUGGAGAGGAAGAUACUGGAUGUCUUCACAAAGGAGGUGGUGAAACGCACCCAGAAAAUCAAAAUUGGAGACCCGCUUCUGGAAGACACACGGAUGGGAGCACUUAUCAACCGGCCCCACCUGGAUCGUGUCCAGGGCUUUAUCAAGCAGGCAAAGGAGCAGGGGGCAGAGGUUCUGUGUGGUGGGGACCUGUAUGUGCCAGAUGACCCGAAGCUGAAGAAUGGCUACUACAUGCGCCCUUGUGUAUUAGGGAACUGCACAGAUGACAUGACAUGUGUGAAGGAAGAGAUCUUUGGGCCUGUCAUGUCCAUUCUGCCAUUUGACACAGAGGAGGAGGUUGUGGAGAGAGCCAACAACACCAAAUUUGGCCUGGCAGGUGGUGUCUUCACCAGGGAUAUCCAGAAGGCUCACAGGGUAGUGGCUGCUCUCAAGGCUGGGAUGUGCUUCAUUAACAACUACAACAUCAGCCCUGUGGAGCUGCCUUUUGGAGGAUACAAGGCAUCGGGAUUUGGCAGAGAGAAUGGGCGGGCAGCCAUCGAGUACUACUCGCAGCUGAAGACUGUCUGCGUGGAGAUGGGUGAUGUGGAAUCUGUGUUUUAGUGGCUCGUGGGCCUGCUCAAGGGAUCAUCAGCCAGUUCUUUCCUGUCAGCCAGAGAUGUGGUUCAUUUACACAGCAAUAAAGUGCUCUAAAAUCGUAAGUGCCUUGGGGGGGAACAGUGCCGGAGCAGUGCUUAGCCACCCUGCUCCUGCAAGGGGAAGUAUGCAUACAGGGCUCAGCCUGUGGGCCUGCUCUG